GGCCCCCCAGCAUGGCGCAGGAGGCGGCCCCCGUCCUCCUGGUUGUCCUCACCAGGCUGGUGUCAUCCACGUGGCACGAAGGGUCUGGCUACUACACAGAGAGUCACACCAAUGAGGUCUAUGCAGAAGAAACCCCCCCUGAGCCUGCCCUGGAUUACCGUCGAGUGCCCCAGUGGUGUGCCACACUCAACAUCCACCGCGGAGAUGCCACCUGCUACUCACCCCAGGGCAGCUCCUACCGCAGCAGCCUGGGGACACGCUGCGAGCUGAGCUGCACCCGCGGGUACCGGCUGGUGGGUUCCAGCGUGGUCCAGUGCCUGCCCAACCGCCACUGGUCUGGGAUGGCAUACUGCCGACAAAUCCGGUGCCACGUGCUGCCAGCAGUGCUGCGGGGCUCCUACGUGUGCUCAGCUGGAGUGCAGAUGGAUUCCCGCUGUGACUACACCUGCCUGCCUGGCUACCAGCUGGAGGGUGACCGGAGCCGCAUCUGCAUGGAGGACGGGCGCUGGAGUGGGACCGAGCCAAUCUGUGUAGACCUGGAGCCUCCCAAGAUCCGCUGUCCAGACUCCCGGGAGCGGAUAGCCGAGCCAGGCAAGCUGACUGCAACUGUCUACUGGGACCCUCCUCGCGUGAAGGACUCUGCUGACGGCGUCAUCAAGAGGGUGAUGCUGCGGGGCCCAGAGCCAGGCUCUGAAUUCCCUGAAGGAGAGCAUGUGAUCCGCUACACCGCCCACGACCAGGCGUACAACCAAGCCAGCUGCAAGUUCAGUGUCCGUGUCCAAGUGAGGCGCUGCCCUGUCCUGAAGCCUCCGCAGAACGGGUACAUCUCCUGCACCUCUGACGGCAACAACUACGGUGCCACCUGCGAGUACCUGUGUGAUGGGGGCUACGAGCGGCAGGGCACCUCUCUACGGGUCUGCCAAUCCACCCAGCAGUGGACGGGCUCCCAGCCCCUCUGCACACCCAUGCAGAUCAACACAGCUGUGAACUCAGCCGCCAGCCUGCUGGAUCAAUUUAACGAGAAACGCCGCCUCCUCGUCAUCUCGGCCCCCGACCCCUCUAACCGCUACUACAAGAUGCAGAUCUCCAUGCUGCAGCAAGCCGCCUGUGGGCUGGACCUGCGCCACGUCACCAUCAUUGAGCUGGUGGGGCAGCCCCCACACGAGGUGGGACGAAUCCGGGAGCACCAGCUGUCCCUUGGCAUCAUCCAGGAGCUCAGGCAGUUCCUGCACCUCACCCGCUCCCACUUCAACGCGGUGCUGUUGGACAAGGCAGGCACUGACCGCGAGCGCUACAUCGCCCCCGUGAGCCCCGACGAGCUCUUCGUCUUCAUCGACACGUACCUGCUGGGCGAGCAGGAGGCAGCUCGGCGGGCACAGAACGGGGACCCCUGCGAGUGA